UUGCGUGAUACUGAAAUGGAAAUGAAUGUGGAUAUUAUCGAGGAAGUAGAAUCGGAUGUAGCAGCAUUCAGAUCAAUGAAGUCAGGUUUGAAUAAUAAACCCAAGUUAUAUGCUACUGAAUCUGAAGUCUUUGCUGAUUCCCAGAAGAAAAGAGAGCACAAGUGCAGGCUUUGCAACAAGGUUUUCGGCACGUAUCAGGCACUUGGAGGCCACCAAAGAGUUCACAAAUCAACCAACACCACUUCUGUGGUAAAUAUUGAGGAUUAUGAAGAUGGAAUUCCGACUAACAAGUUUUCGAAGAUGGAGUACAGUUGCAAGCUUGCCAAGACUGAAUGCAGUGAUAGUUCAGCAGCAGAAGAGGAGAUGGAAAGAGUUAUUGAGAAUAAGGGUCACAAGUGCUCCAUCUGCUUGAAGGUGUUUGCAACAGGCCAAGCUUUGGGUGGCCACAAGAGAGUUCAUUUCGGCAAAGACCACGAGACAGGUGCAGAAGAGUCCAGAGUGCUGAAGCAGCAGAUUUCCGACAUCUGCGAUGCAUUUGAUCUUAGCCGUCCAAUCGAAAAUGGUGAUGUUGAUUUUAAGUCCUGGUGGCCUGGAAAUGAACAUAAGCAGGAGCUGUUGAUGGAUCUGAUGCCCAACUGAGAAGUGAUUCCAUCAAAAGCAGCUUUUGAAGUUUCAAGUGGUAAAGCUUCUCUUUAUAGCUUAGGUAGCAACCCAGGAAUUUUUUGUCCAAUUUCUGGAUUUUACUAUCCAUGUGGAAAUAUAUUCAUAUAUGGUUCCAAAACUGCAGCUGACUGAUACAUUUUUGGAACUUAUUGCCUGAAAUAUGAAUUUUCUGUCCUUUAGAACUGUAUUACAUUUGAAAAACUGUCAAUAUACGGCAACAGAUGAGCAGAAAUGUUACUUUUUUACCUUCUUUUUUCCAUUCUUUUGCUUUUAAGUCCACAAAGUUUGAACAGAACACCUCAUUUUGGUGACCUUUUUCUGCCA